UAUCAACCUCCAGUCGUCGGCGAGUUCGGCGUUUUUCUCACCAGAGUAUGCCGCAGAAUAAUAACAACAUAAUAUUAUUAUUCUGCUAUUGUACAUGCGUAUUUUUCCCUCCAUCCCGCGACCGUCCGGUAAAUUGAAAAAUAUUGAUUUUUUCCCUAAGUAUUAUAUAUUUUUGCGAUCAAUACUCGGGUUUCCGAAAUAUCUUCCACCCCACCGGCCGUUCGGCAUUCGUUUGCCCGUGAUCGUCCGAGUCGGUUGUCCGUGUCUUGUCGUCGCCAAUACGAUUGGAUAUAUCAUCACAGGUCUUCGGUCCAUUCCGGUCAGUAGUGUGUAUCUUCAACGGAAAUAACAAGCAAUAAUACGUGCAAUGGCCAAAGCGGUGAACGCUGUCGUCAAGUUGACGGAGUUGAUCAAUUGGAACGAGUACUAUCAUACGGUGUUGGCCACCCAAAGAGUACCGGUCUACAGAGACAAUCUCGUCAGUGUUACGCCAACGUUCAAUGAAGAAAUAAACAACAAAAUAUCACUUUGGCAAGGAGACAUAACGAAAUUGGAAGUUGAUGCCGUUGUGACUGCGGCCAACAACGGUUUACUCGGCGGCGGAGGAGUUGACGGGGCGAUCCAUAAAGCAGCUGGACCUGAACUCCUCGAAGAGUGCAAAACAUUAAACGGAUGCGAAACUGGAGAUGCAAAAAUUACACAAGGCUAUAAGUUGCCGGCCAAACAUGUCAUACACACUGUUGGCCCAAAAGGCGAAAAACCAGAUUUGUUGAAAGCCGCCUAUGAAAAUUGUUUGAAACUUUGCGUGGAAAACAACUUAAAGACAGUUGCUUUUCCUUGCAUUUCAACUGGAGUUUACGGUUAUCCUCAAGAAGAAGCCGCUAUCGUUGCUAUAAAGACAAUUAGAAGUUUCUUGGAGGAAAAUCCGCAUUUGAUUGACAUGAUUGUUUUCACUGUGUUUUUGGACAAUGAUAAGUUGUUCUACGAAAAAUAUUUACAAUUCUUUUUCCCUCCGAAGUAAAUAAACUUUCCUUUUUUUUCGCUAUCUUUAAUUUAUCUUAAAUUAGUAUCUGUAUUUAUUAAUAACAUUAAUUCUGUACUUAAUGUUGACAUAAGCUGAUAUAUUUUUAUGGCUAUAAAAAUAUAUUUAUUUCAUCUUGGGUUAAAUUUAAUUUGUGUGAUACUUUUUCAAUUAAUAAACUUUAGUAAUUUUAUUUAACAUUUAAAUUUAGAUCAUCAGAUUUAUCUUAUAAAAUAUAUUUAGAAAAAUAGUUGUUUCUGUCUAGUUCAAUAAAUUGUAACUUGCUGCAUGUGUGGUAUUUUUUUUUUAAUAUUUAAACGUAUAUGCCAUAUUUAAUAUUUUUAAGUGUAUUAAUGUAAUAUUAUAUAAAGAAUGUCGUAAGCAUUUUUUCUUCUAUGUGUGUUUUUAUUUAAACUAAUAAUUGUUUGAAGAAUUUCUAUUCCAAUAUUUAAACAAUAAUAGUAUAGCAUUUAGGUUUCAAAUACAUAAGAGUUGUGUACUCAUUAAUGGAUAUGCUAAAAAAAAAUGUA